AAACACGCACAGGCGUGCUACUCGAGCAGUUAAAGUCGGACAUCUACUGGAAAGACUACUGGGAAUUCAAUAACAAAUCGACAAUAACAGGGAACUUGCCUGUUCUUCCUCAUUUUUCUGCUGCUGUUGAAGACACAUUAAACAUAUAACUGCGGAUUCUUACUUUAAUCGUAUUUGGAUUACAUUUGGAGCCCACAGUCGCAGAAAUGAGUCAGUGGUUGGAGCUUCAACAACUGGAUUCAAAGUUUCUGGAACAGGUUGACCAACUUUACGAUGACAACUUUCCAAUGGCCAUCCGGCAGUACCUCAGCAGCUGGAUAGAAAGCCACGACUGGGACCAUGUUGCUAAUGUGGAGAACGAGUCCCUGGCCACCGUGAGGUUUCAUGAUCUUUUGACCCAGUUAGAUCACCAACACAGCCGCUUCGCGAUGGAGAAAGACUUCCUGAACCAGCAUAACAUCCGCAAGAUCAAGAGGAACUUGCAGAACCUCUUCCAAGACAAUCCUGUUUCCAUGGCGAUGAUCAUCAGUAGGAACCUUAGCGAGGAAAGGAAGAUUCUGGCUUCUGCCCAAAUGUCAGAGAAUCAAACCAGCAGCACCCAAAACGACAUGAUCGUGGAGAAACAUCGAGAAAUGGACGGAAGGGUGAAAGACAUAAAGAACAAAGUGCAGGACACUGAGCAGAUCAUCAAAAAUCUGGAAGACCUGCAAGACGAAUACGACUUCAAGAGCAAAACUCUUCAAAGCAGAGAGGAACUCAACGGGACUAUUUCAAAGGAAGACCUGAAUCGGGAGAGACUGACCAUCCGCGCCAUGUUUAUGAAACUCCACGACACAAGAAUAAACGUGAUUGGUCAGAUGUCAGAGGUGUUGAACCUUAUGGAUCCAGUGAUUUUUGAGCUGAUCUCAACAGAACUGGCCGAAUGGAGGCGCAGACAACAGAUGGCUUGCAUUGGUGGGAUGAGUAAUGUCUGCUUGGACCAGCUUCAAAACUGGUUUACAUCUCUCGCAGAAUCUUUGCUUCAGCUCAGGCAGCAGCUCAAGAAACUUCUGGAGCUGGAGCAGAAGUUCACAUAUGACACCGAUCCCAUCACCCUCAGCAAAAGCACUCUGGAGGACAGGAUCAUGUUAAACCUCAAAACUCUCAUAACAAACUCCUUGGUAGUCGAGAGACAGCCAUGCAUGCCAACCCAACUGCAAAGACCUUUGGUGCUGAAGACAGGUGUUCUGUUCACUCUCAAAUUACGGCUGCUCAUAAAACUUCAGGAAUUCAACCACACUGUUCGAGUGAAAGUGCAGUUUGACAAGGAUAUCGUUGAGAAACGGAAAGGGUUUCGUAUGUUCAACAUCUUGGGAACGGCCAUGAAGGUGAUGAACAUGGAGGAAUCCAAUGGAAUGGCAGCAGAAUUCCGUCAUUUGCAACUGAAAGAGAAGAAAGUUACCGGAAACAGAACUAGUGAGGGCCCUCUGAUCGUCACAGAGGAACUUCACUCCAUCACCUUUGAGGCUGAGCUUUGCUGGUCUGGACUGGUCAUGAACUUUGAGACUACAUCUCUGCCCAUAGUUGUGAUCUCCAAUGUCAGUCAGCUACCCAGUGGAUGGGCCUCCAUCAUGUGGUACAACAUGCUGACCUCUGAUCCAAAGAACCUUUCGUUCUUCGUGACCCCUUCUUCAGCUACUUGGGGGCAUCUAGCAGAGGUGCUGAGCUGGCAGUUCUCCUCCAUCACCAAAAGAGGUCUUAAUCAAGAACAGUUAAGCAUGCUGGGAACUAAACUGCUGGGUGCUAAAGCAAUGAUGGAUCCUGAAGCUCAGAUUCCUUGGAAUAAAUUUUGUAAGUCUGGCAGCGAGAAGAACUUCACCUUCUGGCUGUGGAUUGAAGCAAUUUUGGACCUUAUAAAGAGACAUCUGCUGAGCCUGUGGGAUGAUGGGUGCAUAAUGGGGUUUGUGACCAAGGACCGAACAAAAUCUCUGCUCUACGAUAAAGCUCCCGGCACGUUUCUGUUGCGCUUCAGUGAGAGCAACCGCGACGGAGCAAUCACAUUCAGCUGGGUCCAACAUGACGCAAACGAAGAGCCGCAGAUUCGCUCCGUGGAGCCCUACACGAAGAAGGAACUCUCUGCCGUCUCACUUCCCGACAUUAUUCGCAACUAUCGCGUGAUGGCCGCCGACAACGUCCCAGAAAACCCUCUGCGCUUCCUCCAUCCCAAUAUACCCAAAGACGACGCCUUCAAAAAAUACUAUUCCAAGCCUACCGAUAAGCAAGAACCAAUGGAUGUCGACAAGAAGUCAGAUGAGGGAUACAUCAGCACCACUCUCAUCUCCAUUUCUGAAAUCGAUUCAGACCAACUGUGUUUGAAUUUUAGGAAACCACAAGAUUAUAAUGACACGCUCAUGCCAAUGUCACCUGAGGUUUACGGCCAGCUGGAGCAGGAGGUGAGACAACUGGGAUUCAUUGAUCCACUGUCAUUGGUGAAUGGGGCUGAACCGAACAUCUCCCGCCUCGGCCUUCAUCCUCCCGUCCCGCCGACAACCGAUGAUAUAGGGCAGGACCGACUAUCUCCCGCCCCGGCUUUCACCCUCCCGUCUCGUGGCGCCGACAUCUGGUGCCACAGUCGGCAGUACGUGUCCACCAAUGACUAACCGAUACGAUAUCCGACUGGAGCCGUCAGACUUAAGUAUCUCUUAAGGCACCUGAAAGAAGACAGAUGACUCAUAAAAAGUAGAAAUGUUUCCAUCAUUCUGUGUUUUUAAUAGCGCAAAUGAAAGAACAAUUUGUCUGAGGUAUAGCCUGAGGUAUAGGGUUUGGUAUUCCUCUCUUUUUCAUUCUAACAGAGGAAAUUAUUAGAAAAACACUGUCAUCUAUAGCAAAAAGACAACUGCUGAUUUAGCCCUCAUAGUAAUGCUACUGUUACCUCAGCACUUAGUCUAGAAAAUUAAGCAACUUUUAAGGCAGGGAAGUUGUGUACUAAUAGCACUUCAUUCAGUAUAGCACUUCACUUUCUAAUAUGCCAAGUAAUAAAUGAUUGAAUGAGAAAGUUAAGAAUUUCACAACUGUUUAAUCUGUCAUUUCUAUAAAGAAAAUUAAACCCAUUUUUAGGACUAUUAAGAUUUUUUUUUAAAUAGUUUCUCCAUCGUUUCAAUGGAGAAACUAUUUUAACUGUAAAACAUUUACAUCGCAGCAGUUUUUGUUGUACUGCCAUUAAUUUAUGCUGAUUUAAUUUAACAUUUGUUAGUACAGGAAGUUUUACUGUAAUAUAAGGGAAUUGGUGUAUUACAAUAAUGAAAAUCCAUUAUGAGAAUAAUAGAAAUGAACAAACAAAUUGUCAUAAUGAAAUAAAUAAAACAAGAAUUUAAAAAUUGUCCUAAAUUAGGCUUCAUUUUCUUUAAGAAAAAUAUAAUUUCUUAAACUUGUUCUGUUAGAUUUUGGGUAAAAACAAGAUCUGGAUGUGUUUUGUAAGAUUUACUCAUAAAGAACUAAGAAAUGCAGGAAUUUAGAUCUGAUUAAACAUUUAAGCUGUUAGGUGUUUAUUUUCUUAAACACUGUUUCUGUAUAUGUGAAAAAAAUCUUUGAUCUGUUUUCUUAAACUUGCUGGUGCUUUAUUAGUAUUAUGUCCACUUUAUGUACUUUGUUGUCGUUUCUACUUUUUGCACUGGAUUGUAUGGCUAAGUUUAGUUAAUUACAGAAUAUUUUUUGGGCUUUAUAGACAAGUACUGUGGAAAUCCAAUGUUUUGAAAUGCCUUAAAAAUUUGCACCUUAAAAAUUCGACUAACAAUAUGAAACCCCCCCCCACACACAUUCACGAGAGCAUACCUGGAAAGCAUAGUAAUCUGUGUUCUAGGUCUUUAUUGUUUUAUCUAGUAUUUUUUGUGGAAUAUAUUUAUCAGCUUAAAUCUAGAACAUUUACAGCACUGCAUAAUUAAAAUCAAAGUCAAAGGAAAUUUCACAACACAACGAUGAAAUACAUUCAUAGUAGUAAAUAAAUGCUGAAAAAAUGUAACAGCUUUCUAAAAUUACAUAAAGCAACAAAAAUGACUAAAGUGCGACACAUGGAAAUGAACAAAUUUGGAUACGAUCAAUGGCCUACUUUUGUUGUCUUCUGGUUGUGUUGCUUCCUUUUUUUUCCCCCCAAUAAAUAACAUUUCCAGGUUAAGCAUGUAUAUACACACACAUUACAAAACACAUUUACAAUACUUCAACAAUAGUGUCCAACUAGAAAAUAUUCACAUAUCUGAGACUGACUCAGCUUUGGAGGUUUUUCAAGUAUAUGCACGCCUCUUUAUCAUCCAAACUGUACAUUAAAACAAUCUGUGUGCUUCUCCGCAUACAACGUGCUUAUAGACAUGUAACCAAAGAAAUUCUCAGUUACACAACUGGUGGGACAUGUUUAGACUACAUUUUAACCAUUGCAGAAUGUUAAUACCAGUGCUUUUUUUUGUUUUGUUUUCAGCUUUCAACCUUACUUGUCACUUAACCAUGUACUAAGAAUAAAACACAAAAUGUCAAA